CGUGAACCAAUAGUGAACCAUUCAAAACUGUUGGCGUACACGUUUGACGUGUCAGUGAUUUGUGAAAAAGUAAAAGUUCCAAAGCGUCGAAUGGGAAAUGUAAUAGGAAACGCAUCACCGGUCGAAAAAGAUGAGGGAACUGAAGAAUGGCUGAAAGAUAUACAGGAAAAUCGUAUUCUGGAUUUCAGUCGGAAAGUGACACACAGCCAAUUUCUUAAGCACAUUCGACAAGAAUACACCGAGGCAUGCCUUAAUGAUUUGCCUUGGUCAAUAUUGGAAAAUGUGAAUUUGUAUCGUCAAGUCAAUGGGUCCUUCAACAACAUUAGCAGUUUAUCCACAAAUUUACCACUUAGAAUUCCACAUUUGACUCAUGUAAAUUUGUCCUACAACUCUCUUGCAGAACUUCCAUCCAGUAUUGCCUUGCUGUUCCACCUGAAGGAAUUACUUUUACGAGGGAAUAGAUUAGUUUUCCUUCCAGAGGAGGUGUGUCUUUUACCAGAACUUGAAAUGCUAGAUGUUUCAUAUAACCAACUUCAAAGCCUACCCAAAGGAAUAGGAAAACUUCAGAAAUUAACCAAAUUGAAUGUUUCCCACAAUUUUCUGAGAUCAAUACCUUGCUCCUUAGGCCUCAAUCCACAUUUAUGUGUACUUGUAGCCAACAAUAACAUGUGUACAAAUCCUCCUCAAGAAGUUUGUAAUAAUAGCAAUGAAUUAUUGUUUUAUUUGCAUAAACAUGCACCUGAGGUACUCUGCUCUAGAAAUCGUAACCAGUUCCCCCGAAUUCGCUCAAAUGUAGCUCGUUCCCAGUUGGAUGAUGAUGUCCGAACUCAAAAUGUAGCGUCCUAUGUCCAGACAUUGACACAAACAUCAAAACCAGCUAGUAGGGCCAAAACGCCACUAGUUUUUCCUACCCAUGGUACAAAAUGGAGUCCAGAUGAUCUGAGAGACAAGAUAAUUGGUCUCGUCUAUGGUGCUGUUCUUGGGGAUACGCUCGGAGUUGCUACUGAAUACCUGAUGGCGGAUGAAAUCAACUUCUAUUAUGGUGAUGGUAGACUAGAUCACCAUACCAUCGUCCAGGACGAACACCGUUCGCACUUUCAGCGUGGAAAAACAACUUGUGUUUCUGAUUUUGCGCUUUUAAUAUUCGAUUCCAUCCUUCGCUGGUCGGGUGUUUUGGACGAACUGGAACUUGCUCGCUGUUUACUUGACUAUUCAACGAAGGGCAUUAAAGAUCUUAAUUCCGAACCAUUGAUUACGUCUAGCGUUGUGAAUCGGCUGCUUUCCCAAGAGCGAUUCCUACAAGAUCCGCACGGUAUAGCGCGCGAAACAGCACAGCUAUUUAACGAAGCCAUUUGUGAAGAUCUACACGCUUUACCUAUGGCCAUCAUGUCUGGUCUUCCUCAGUUUUACAACCUUUCCGAAGUUCAGUCGAAUGCCACACGAGUCUGCCGGACAACCCAUAACCAUGACCGUGUUGUUAAAUCUGCCUCACUUUUGGCUUCGAUGGUAGCUUUAAUUUUGCAGGGUUGUGAAAUGGACCAUGUUAAUAAGACUACUGACAUUCAUAUUUUUCCUGAUCGCGAGAAAACAAAUAUCAACGAAUUAGCCAAUGAUCGGACGUGGGAGGAAAAGGACGAACUUGACCGCGUAAUAAGUGCAGCCUAUUUUUGUUUAGAGGAGAAAGAACCACAUUUUGAAAUGAUGCUGAGGAAAGUCCUCUUCCUUGGUGGCCAAAGCCGUAUUUAUGGGACAGUUUGUGGUAGCAUAUUGGGAUGUCGUUCUGGAUAUGCCUGCAUGCCAGCACGAUGGAUUGAAGGGAUACAUUCAUCCGUUACAGAAUGGCUUAAUGAGCGAUUAAACCAUCUUCUGGAUAUGAUGGGCCUUCCCUAAACUUGUGUUUUGUUUAAUUAAUAUCUAUUUAAUCUUGAAAACCAUUUCAAUUUUUAAUGUUUCAAAGAAAAUUACCUCUUCAUUGUACAUUUUGUGUCUUCUUUAGCUAAUUGCUAGAAGAGCAAAAAACAAAUAAUUGGCAAAAAGCUGCACCCCAGUUUUAAACAGUAGAGGUAUAAAAGAAUUUCAAAGAAGUUUUUAAAAGUUGUUUAAUGGCCAAUAGAUGCACACUAAAAGGCAAAUAAAGAUACAUUUAAAGAU